AUGGAGGUCGUCGUGUCCAUAUCAAACCAAGAUGUAGUGAAGGAAGAACCAGUAACACUGUUUUCUCCCAAAAAUCCAACCCCAGUAGAGAAAGUUUUCCUGUCUAACAUUGAUCAAGCAGUGGCGUUUCCUGUUGAGACAGUCUUCUUCUUUGAAGUUCCUCCAUGCAAGACUUCAUGGACGCUAGAUAUAUCAGAAAGAAUGAAGAAAUCAGUGUCUGAGGUGCUUCUCAUUCCUUACUAUUUCAUGGCUGGCAGGCUUAACUUCAACCUUGAAACCAAAAGGUUGGAGCUUGUCUGCAGCAAUGCUGGGGUCCCCUUUGUGAGUGCAAAAUCAAGGCUAACAUUGCAGGAACUCGGAAAUUUAUCCCUUCCCAACUCAACCUUCCAUCAUCUCAUUCAUCGACCUGAUCGCUCUCUAAGCCUAUCAGAAAAACCAAUAUUCACAAUUCAGGUCACAAGGUUCGAAUGUGGAGGUUUCUCAAUUGGGUUCAUGACAAACCACAGUGUACUUGAUGGGAAAUCAGCUGGUGAAAUGUUUCAGAACCUUGCCUCCAUUUGCAGCGGGGAAGGCCUGAAUACCCAAGCCAUCUACAACGACAGAACAUGCCUGAAAGCAAGAAACCCACCUCAGAUCAAAUACCCACAUACUGAGUACACAGAGAAAUUAGAGAUAGCUUCAGUAACUUCCUCAUUCUCCUCUCCCAACCAACCCACCCGACUGUUACAGUUCUCCAGCAAGUACAGUCACAAGCUCUUCUGUUUUACCUCUAGCAUGCUCAGCAUCCUCAAAGGCAAGGCCAUGGUCAAGUGUUCAAACUUUGAAGCCAUUGUAGCUCACCUAUGGAGAGCAAGAUCCAAAGCAGUGUUUGAUGACCCAGAUGAGACUUCAACCAUUCUAUUUGCAGUGGACAUAAGGUCCAAGAUAUCUCCCCCUUUACCACAUGGGUUCACAGGAAAUGCUGUUGUCACAGCUUUUGCCAAUGCAAAGGUGGUGGAUCUGGCUGAGAAGCCACUCUCCUUCUGUGUGGAGCUGGUGAAGGGAGCAAUGGACAGAGUGUCAGAUGACUACGUAAGGUCAGUGAUAGACUGGUUAGAGAUCCAUAAAGGGGUUCCUGCAACCAUAAACGGAAAUUUCUAUUUGUCAGCUUGGUGGAAACUGCCUUUCCAUGAUCUCAACUUCGGCUGUGGAAAACUCAUUCAUUGUGGGCCGAUUGUGAGUGGGACUGAUGAGUUUGUGCUGUUGCUUUCUGAUUUCAUGGGAAAUGGGGGAGGGAUCAAUGUCUGGAUGGGCCUUGAGAAAGAGAAGAUGCAGAGAUUCAUGCUUCACGUCUAUGAGAUAUGA